AUGUCUAGCAAAAGUCCCCAAGAAAUCGAAAAAGAGCUCAACGUCGCACGCGGCAUGGUGGAAUCACUCAAAAUCGACGCCGGACGACCAACACCACCGGCCCCAGGGUGGAAACAAUUGGCAGAUGCUCGAAUACUCUUCAUCAAAGCAUUGAAAGAUGCUAUAUCACUACUUGAAAAUGGCCCGGAAGGUCAAGCGUGGCAAGAGUUACUACUUCGCUUAGGAGCCCAGUCCCAUGAGUAUAGAGUCGAGCGGACACUCGUGCCUCGAUUGCGUCAACACCUCGUCGAAGUCUCCGAUAUUUUCGUACCCGAUCGACUAUACGAGGUGCUAUCUUCCAAAAACCCAGUCAAGCAGACCGAUUUGAUCAAGCUAGUCGCGAACGAGAUGAACCGGCUAAAAUCAAGCGUGACUGCACCCUGGAGCUCGAGUCAAGGCUCUGAAAACCUUACUUAUCCCCUCGACCCAUGGUACUUCCCCGACGUUCCCUGGGACGUUGAUCAGAUCCGAGACGAGAUAAUCAAGACAUUCAGAGUAUACAUCAAAACCUUAAAAUCCAAAGAGCCCCCGGCUGGCGAACUGAGACAACCGUCUAUAUGCGAAAUGUUGGACUCAGUGGAUCGGUUGCAUGGGGACUUCGAAAAUCCGUGUAAAGUGCUCAAAGCCAAAUGGAAAUACGUCACUCGAGAGAUCGAAAUUAUGCACAUGACUGUCGGUAACUGCUUAAAGCCCCGAGCGGCCUGUAAAGAUACGAAUCCAAAAGGUCGAGAUGACGAUGGGAACGUCCACCCUUGGCCUUCACUGGAAGACAUGAGUAAAGCGGAUAUCAAAAUCUUUCAAGCUUACAUCCCGCUCCUGAAGGUCUGCCGACUCCUGUUGGUCAAAUUGUGUAAGAAUCCAAGUAGCGAACCCCUCUUGAUUCACAAGAUGAGUAUGAGCAAAUUGAAAGACUUUUACGCCCACACUGAGGAACUAGAAGAGGACCUUAGAAAGUAUACGACGAUGAUCUUGGAGCGACUGACCACAAGAGCACUCGGACAAUUAGAUGCCUUCCUCAAGUUCUUCAAUUACAUCAUCAAGACAAUCGAGAGCCACUUAGCCACUCUUACUUCGCCUGACGAUCGAGCUCAUGUCGAAAAGUCUCGUCAAUGGUGUCUGAUGUGGAAAACUCAAUACCGAUUCGCCAUUCGAAAUUUCUCACCGAAACAUAAAACAAUAGCGUUAUAA